GCUGCUGCUACCUCCAGUUAAAUAGCUAGGACACGGGAGCGAGAAGACGGCCGUGUGAGGAUAUACUUUUUCGGUACCUUGGGAUUACCACGCGGAAUUGCAGCAUCGACGGCCAGCCGCCAGGGCCCACGAUGUCCAGCGAAGUACAGAGACCGGACGACAGCCCCAGCACCAGCGGGGGAAGCUCAGAUAUUGAGCAAAGGGAAUCGGUACCACCUGAACAGGAGCGACAGCAAGAACAGCCCAAAAAGAAGGAGACCAAGAUCUCAAGCAAAACCGCUGCUAAACUUUCAACCAGUGCCAAGCGGAUUCAGAAAGAGCUUGCAGAAAUAACUCUAGACCCACCUCCAAACUGCAGCGCUGGCCCCAAAGGAGACAACAUCUAUGAGUGGAGGUCGACCAUCCUGGGACCGCCGGGCUCCGUGUACGAGGGAGGCGUCUUCUUCCUGGACAUCGCCUUCACACCUGACUACCCCUUCAAACCCCCCAAGGUAACUUUCCGUACGAGAAUCUAUCACUGCAACAUCAACAGUCAGGGGGUGAUCUGUCUGGACAUCCUGAAGGACAACUGGAGCCCAGCCCUCACCAUCUCCAAGGUGCUGCUGUCCAUCUGCUCCCUGCUCACAGACUGUAACCCAGGUGAGAUCUGCAGCUCUCUGCACGACCGUUUGAUGUUUAUAUUAUGA